AUGUCGUCGGCCACCAUCGCCUCCCUCAAGCGCAUCGACGCCGACGCGCUGUACGCUCUGCUCAAGCAAGCGCCCGCCAAACCGCUCUUCGCGUCCUCGUCCGCGUCGGUCGCCGAGCCGCCCACCAACGUGCGCUCAGACGCCGAGUCCGCUGCGACGACGACGACGACGAGCUCGCCAUCGCCCAGCGCAUCCGUCGCCGUCAUCGACGUGCGCGACUCGGACUUCUUCGGCGGGCACAUCCGCGGCUGCACCAACGUGCCCACGUCGGCGCUCGACUACAAGCUGCCGGAGCUGGUGAGGCAGCUGAAGGGUACGCCGACGGUCGUGUUCCACUGCGCGCUGAGCCAGCAGAGGGGCCCCAGCGCGGCGCUGCGCUACCUGAGGGAGAGGGCGAGGCUGCUGGGCGACGACGGCGAUGGCGAGGGGCAGGAUGUUUGCGUGCUGGAGGGGGGUUUCGUGAGAUGGCAGGAGAAGUACGGCAUGGACGAGACGGUCACGGAGGGAUACAAGAAGGAUAUCUGGGAGUAUGGAUAUUAA